AUGGUGAGGGUGAACUUAUUACGUAACAAUGGAGAUGCACGUGAAGAAGAACAAGAAGAAGAGAAGCUGAUCAAGCAUUACAGCAAUUUACACAAGAUAUUGCUCGUCGGCGAGGGCGAUUUCUCCUUCUCCGCCUGCUUGGCCCGAGCAUUUGGCUCCGCCAUUAACAUCGUCGCCACCUCCCUCGACUCCCAAGCGUCCUCGAAGAUGCUGUACAAAAGCGCGAGCGCCACCAUGGAGAUUCUGGAGGGACUCGGCUGCACCAUUUUGCACGAAGUGAACGCCCGUACCAUGACCCGACACCCCGUCCUCCAGGGCAAACCUUUCGACCGGAUCGUGUUCAACUUUCCGCACGCGGGUUACAAGGGUCCCGACCAUUCCGACUCCCAAAUUCAGCGACACCGAGAUCUGGUGAGAGGGUUCUUGAGGAGUGCGAGGUCGAUGCUGACCAAAAAUGGCGAGAUUCACGAGACGCACAAGACAGCCUAUCCGUUCAGUAAGUGGGAGAUAGAGAAGCUGGCCGAGGAAGACGAAGAGCUGCGUCUGGUCGAGAAGGCGAAGUUCUCGGAAUCGGACUAUCCGGGUUAUGUCAACAAGAGGGGAGACGGGUUGUGGUGCGAUCAAAAGUUUCCGAUCGGUCAAUGCUCUACUUACAAGUUUGCCCUUAGAGAUUGACCACGAUUCCCAUCUCG